UCAGUGGAUAGAGCGUCUGUUUCCUAAGCAGAAGGUCGUAGGUUCGACCCCUACCUGGCGCGGUAAAUUUUUAAUCCUACUGCCUAUUACCCUGCUAUUAUAUACUUUACCUUAAAUUCUUCUUGUGCCUGCUGAUUUAUCUGAUAUUACUCUGUCACAAUUUCUGUGCUUUGCUACCUAUAUUAUCUACUCUCCAACUUAUCAUCCAUCUAUUUUAUCAAUUUCUGUCACAAUUCGGACUAUCUUUGAAUGAUUCAUCCAUCUUAUCUACUCUCCAACUAAUUUAUUUCUAAGAAUAUGAAAUUUUUUCACUCAAAACGUCUGUCCUUUUAUUGCCAAAGCACCAAGCUUUCUCCAACAUCUUAAUUUCUAACCCUUUACCUCAUCCGUUCUCCGGGUAUAAAUAGUUUCAGGCAUCAGCGAAACAAACGACAACCCUUUUUGAAUCAUACAAUGUCUCUUAUUGCUGAAGCACCAGGUUUCCUGCAAGUAUUUUCUGAUGGGACUGUGAAGCGUUUUGCUCCAGACAUCGCCUUUGCCUCACCAGAAUCUUCCGAAAGUUACAAGUCAAAAGACGUAGUCGUUGAUCCAUCCAAACCUAUAACAGGAAGAAUUUUCCUUCCUAACACACCAACAAUAAACUCUUCGACUCAUAAGCUUCCUGUGGUAGUUUAUUUCCAUGGGGGUGGGUUUUGUAUAGGUUCAACAACAUGGCUUAACUACCAUAUAUUUUUAGGAGACUUAGCUUCUUUAGCAGGAGUAAUUGUCUUGUCUAUUGACUACCGCCUUGCUCCUGAGAAUCGACUUCCAAUAGCCUACUCCGAUGGUUGUAGCUCUCUUGAGUGGCUAGUAAAGAGCUGCUACACCGAGCCAUGGCUUGAACGAGCUGACCUUUCACAAGUGUUUCUCUCAGGGGAUAGCGCGGGUGGGAAUAUUGCACAUAAUAUCACCAUAAAAGCUCAUACAAGUGAAGAUCAUGACUUAAGUGGCAUUCAUAUAAAAGGGAUCUUACUAAUACACCCUUAUUUUGGUAGUGAGGAAAGAACUCCUCAAGAAAAGGCAGCUGAUAGUGGCAUAGAAGUACAAAUGAAUGAUAUGUUUUGGAAUUUAAGCAUACCUAAGGGAUCAAAUCGCGACUAUUUUGGGUGUAACUUUGAGAAGGGUGGACUUAAACAUGAUGAAUGGAGUUUAUUUCCAAAGGUGGUGGUUUAUGUGGCGGAACGCGAUUUUCUAAAAGAAAGAGGGGUGAUGUAUGUUGAAUACCUUAAAAGAAAAGGGGUUAGGGAUGUGAAGUUGAUUGAAGCCAAAGAUGAAGGUCAUAUACAUCAUAUCUAUCAUCCUAAAUCAAAAUCCACAUUUUUGCUUCAACGCCAAAUGGAUGAGUUUAUUAAGAACUAGUAAUGCUAAAUUUCCUACAAUUACAUUAUGAGGUUCACAUUUCAUAACACAUGGAAUAGUUAUUGUAAAAUAACAUGCUAUGAUAUUUGCAAGAAAG